GGGAGCUGCGGCCCUGUAGGUGAGAGUAAGAGAGGAAUAGUAAGUGCGGGAGAGAGAGCAAGAGGAAAAGCGGCUGGGUGCAUGUGUGUGCGCGUGCGAAAGAGCAAGGAGCAAGGAAAAGCGGCUGCGUGCACGUAGGUGCGCGUGAGAGAGAGCAAGGAAAAGGCGUUGCGUGCAUGUGUGUGCGCGUGAGAGAGAGCAAGAGAAAGUGGCCGCGUGCAUGUGUGCGCGAUGGUGCUUGAGUGACAUUGUCACUGGGCCCAUGUGAGGAGCUUAGCGAGAGAAGCCAGAAAGAAGUAGUGAUAACUAGAGAGAGUGAGAGGGUGCAAGAGAGAGUGAGAGAGUGCAAGCGGAAGGCGGAGGGAGAGAGGCAAACAGAGCGUGACCAGCGGGAUGAGCAAAAUAUUGGCCGAGUGAUCUUGCUAAAUAUCAGCACGCAGAUCUCAGCAGGAUAUCACUCAGCAGGAUAUCAGCAGACACAUUUCGUCAGGAUACCUGUGGGCCCAAACUAGGGACAGACACGAAGACCCAAGUACCAGAGUCAAGGAUCUCAAAUCACUGAGCAGACUUGAGCAGACUCAGCAGGUUUGCUCAGAGUGUGAAGAGCAGUGCAGUGGCUCAGACAAGUACGUCGCUCAGUCUUCUGCCCAGACAAGUGCUCAACCUGCUCAGCCUGGCAGUCUUCUGCCCAGACAAGUGCUCAACCUGCUCAGCCUGGUACUUAGUCUGUUCCACUGUUGGUUUGCAGUCCACUCGGGGGAGUCUGUUCCACUGUUGGUUUGCAGUCCACUCGGGGGGUAAGUACCCAGAGGAGUAACGGAGGAGCUCAAACAAGAACUCCAUUUGCUCAGGAGGACAGUGCUCAGGCUGUCUAUUCGCAGAGGCAGGAACUCAGCCUGAUCAAACCAAUGUAUACUUAGGGCGAUCAGAGGUCAUUGACAAACUAAGCGCGUCGCCGCACCAGUCUGGAAAUGUGAAAAAGACAACAAUGUGGCGGGCGCAUCUGGCCGUGUUCUAGCGGAAAGUUCAUUCUCAUUUUGCUCAUUUCGAGAGUAGUGUGGCGAUGCCCUAAGCAAGCUCCAGCACGGGAUUGACUGACUGGCUAGACAGAUUAACUACACUCCUCCAGACAGAUUCAGCAAGCUCUCACCGGACUGGGCUGACUCCGACCCCUCAAGAAGGCUCAACGGGUCUAUGGUUAUGGGACACAUACCCUACGCCGCUUGUCUUUCCUCCGUGCACGCGAACGGUACAGAAAAAGGCAGCAGGAGGAAAGAGAAGCAAGAACACAAAUGGGCAAUCAGCUGCCAUCCGAGAUUCACAGCGCGCAAGAACACAGUGUAAAUAGCUGCACAAGCAGCAGCGGGAGGAGGAGGAGGAGAUAGAGAUAUGUGUAUGUUGCGGGUGUGUGCGUGUGUACACGGGAGGUAAGUGGCAGCAGCCCAAUUAAGGAGGAGGAGGAGGCUGAGUGGAGGAUUGCCGGGAGAUAGAGGGAGUCAACGGUCAACGAGUGGGUUGACGAUGAAUUGGUUGAUUGAGAUUGCUUGAUUUAUAGAUUGCUUGAUUGAUUGCGACUGAUUCAUUGACUGAAGAGUUUUUAAUUACGUGACUCUUUGGUUCUGUUGGUGGAUCGUUUUCAGCGUCGUCGGCCGAUUGGUAAGUCGGUCUUGAACGCGAGGAGAGACGAGCACGCAGCAGCUGGUCUCGUGGACAGAGGACCGACCGCCUUCUGGCGAGUGUGGCUUGAUUGGUCUCGACUUGUAAGUGGGGUAUUGGCCUUAUCAGUUUCCGCUGCCUAGCUACACAAGGUAAGAAGCAAAAAUCGGAUUAAAGCGGAAGAAGCAGAGCAGAGCAAAGCGGGGAACCAGGAGCAAAAGCGGCCAUCGGUGGCGUGCGGGCGGCACGUCGAAUCGUUUCGAUCUGGUUGAUGGGUCCUCCGCCAGGCAUCAUGACGAAGCAGGUAUUAUUGACGCUUGCGCUGCUGACCAUCGUGAUCGGCUAUAAGAAAGCAUGGGCUGUUGCCUCCCCCCAUCCCUCCCCCUCCUCCCACUCCUUCUCCCAUCGCUCCUCCUCCCGUACGAAAUCGUCGGCGACUUCCUCCCCCUCCCCCUCCUCGAGCGCCGCGUCUUCAUCGCUGCGAGUCUCGACGGCCCGCUCCACGAGGUCGGCCUCUUCAUCGCUGAAAGCUUCCAUAUCUCAAGUGUCCACCACCACCACCACCACCACCACUCCUGUCCGCACUUCGCCCUCAGGCAUUGCGGUCAUCCAGAAGCAAGGCGUCUUCGACGUGUCCGUCAACGUGAAGGUUCCCGAUCCACGGGCCACUGUGAGCAACAUAGGCCAGUCGAAGACCCCCCAGGGCAAAGAAUCUUUCCACCCGCCGUCGCAGGCAGCCUCGCACGCUGCCCCCCUCCCACCGACGGUGGUCCCCACCACCAUUGAUCCGCCCGAGCCGACCCUCGCUUGGGGUUUCGACGGAAUGAACAAUUUCGAUCAAACCGAGUGCGGCAAUGGGGACUACUAUCUGGGUCAGACCUCCGUCGAGCCUUCUGACGUGUCCAUCUGCGUCGGCAAGGGCAAGGUCGUGCAGCUAGUGAACUCCGCCUUCUUGGUCUAUGAUGUCAACGGGAGUCGAUUGAUGCCCCCCAUCCCGCUCGCGCAGUUCUUCCUUCUCCCGCCUGGUCGAUCUUACGUCACCGAGGCUAAGUGCAUGUACGACAUGGACACAGAGAGUUUCAUCAUAGCUGGGGUCGGGCAGGUGGACCAGGACAUGCAUCUGGCGCUGUCCGUGAGCGACACGGACGAUCCGAUGGAGCGCCAUCACAUCUACGCGCUCCCCACGCGCGGAGACGGCAACGUGGAGGGCUGGCCUGCCAUCGAAGGGUGUCCGUGUGUCAUCCACGACCCCUUCGUGGGUGCCGAUCGAUUCGGGCUGUUCGUGACCGUCGAUCACUACACAAACGACAAGGCGCACGCGUUUGUCGGCGCGCAGAUCUACGCCCUGGGCAAGGACCGUUUCGUCUCCGCUCCCACUUCGAUUGACGUCACCUUUUUUACCAACGUCCACGUGAACGACAGGUCCAGGGCCAGCGGGUUGCGCCCCGCAAACGCGCCCGCGCCCCUGCCGAAAACCACGCGCUACUCGACGACGGGAGUGCACUACUUCCUGAGCUCCGCGGCGAGCGGGAAGGUGGCGGUGUGGGCGCUGCUCAACACGCUGUCGCUGGCGGACAGGACGCUGCGCGCGGGGAUGCAGCUCAUGAACGUGCUGGUGGACACCGCGCCCUUUCUGCAGCCGCCGUACGCGGACCAGAAGGACGGGGAUCGCCCGCUGGGCGCGCUGGCGCAGGGAAAUCGAGAGGGAGCGGCGCAGCUGGAAGUGCUUGACAGCGGAGACACGCGGCUGACGAAGACCACCUUCGCUGACGGGAAGUUGUGGACCGCGGUCGCGACUGCCGUGGCAUACGACCUGCCCAUCCCAACCUCCAAGGAAGAUGAGUGGAGGGACAAGGUGAGGACUCGAGCGGGCUUCCUGUGGCUGUGCAUCCAUCCCAAUCUUACCUCAGACUACGCGGGAGGGCCGCUCUUCUUGAGCCCCACAGUCAUCAAUCAAGGUUACAUUGCCGUACUCGGGGAGAACGUCAUAGUCCCGGCGCUGGCUGUGAACGAGGAGGGGAGAGGCGCCGCCACGUUCACCCUCGUGGGGCCCCACUACUUCCCCAGCGUGGGCUACGUGCCCAUCAGCUCUCGAGGGGCAGGGAAGGUGCACAUAAUUUCCUCCGGAAUAGAGCCCCAUGACGGCUUCAGCGGCUAUUUGACAGCAGGGGGCUCCGAAGACGGGGUCGCAAGGUGGGGGGACUCCUCGGGCUCCACCGUCGAUGAGCAAGGCAAUGUCUGGCUUGCCUGCCAGUACUCUCCUGGGACUAUCCGAACAAUAGCUACCAACUGGGGAACGUACAUCCUACGUAUCAAGCCCCCCUUCUUCACUUGAUACUUAGUGAUGUUGACGAUGAUGAUAAUGACCCAUAACUGUCCAUCGUGUCGUGGGCGCCCCGCCAUUUUCAAUUUCAAUC